ACUACCGUCGCAGCUUGAGCAACAGGACCAUACUAUCUAAACCAGUAGCACAUUACCUCACGUCGUUAUCUUUGAACAACAGCUAGCCUCUGUGUAAAGCACCAGCUCCAGCUCGUUUUACCGAGUCCGGGACAAAGAUGGCCUUUCAGAGCGCUAAUAGUUCACACUAGUGACAGGGCUAGUUCGCGUGCGGCGCGACGUUUUUCUAAUUUUAACUACUCACUAGAAGCUGUAAUAAAAUUAAGCAACUGCCAUGACUGCUGGGUCGUCCGCCGCGCAGUGGCAGGCUCGCGUGACAAUUCACGCCCCCACGUUCGCCCUCGGCAUUCUGACAGGUAUCGCUCUCCUAUUCGUCCACCAGCACCUCGCGAACACCGUCGCCAACGCUGGCAUCGACGGUGCCGCGGCGCCGUCACUCUUCCGCAAUUAUGACAGCAGCGCCGGCGCCGGCCGCGACAAUACUUACAAUCAUGACGCGGUGGCGGGAAAAGGCGGUCAUAAAGACCAGGAACCUGGGGGGUGGAAUGGCGGCGGUGCCGUGUUGCAAGGAAUGAUGGCGCCGCGUCGCGCGGGGUACAACACGAGCGCGGGGGUGGUGGAGGGCAAGCUUAACGUGCACAUGGUGGCGCACUCGCACGACGACAUCGGGUGGCUCCUGACCGUCGAUCAGUACUAUGCGGAGAGGGUGGCGUACACCAUCGACUCGGUGAUCGCGAACCUGGAAGUGAACCCGGACAGGAAAUACAUCCAGGUGGAGCAGGGUUUCUUCUACCGCUGGUGGCAGCAGCAGUCCGACGCCAUGCGCGCUCGAGUCAAGACCCUCGUCGCCCACGGACAGCUCCAAUUCACCAACGGCGGGUGGGUGAUGCACGACGAGGCGGCGGUGCACUACACGGACAUGGUGCAGCAGAUGUCGCUGGGCCACCGCUUCCUCAAGCAAGAGUUCAACGCCGUGCCGCGCAUUGCCUGGCAGGUCGACCCCUUUGGCCACUCCGCCGUGCAGGGCUACCUCAUCACCGCUCAGGCGGGCAUGGACGCGGUGUUUGUGGGGCGCGUGGACAUGAAGGAGGGCAUGAGGCGGCAGGCCGAGAGGACCCUCGAGUUCCUCUGGCGCCCCUCCCGCACCUUUGGGAAAGACGCCCAGGUGUUCACCAGCAUCCUGGACCGCUUCACCUACUACCCUCCAGAGCGCUUCAAGUUCGAGGCUGGAGAGGACCGGUCCCUGCGAGUCAAGGAUAACCCCUGGUCCCCAGAGACGAACGUGAAGGAGCGGGUGGACGAAUUCGUGCAGGUGGCUCUCGCUCAGGCCGCCAACUACCGCACGGAGCACAUCAUGUGGACCAUGGGCGAGGACUUCUCGCACACGGAUGCGCUGCCAUGGUUCGCCAACAUGGACAAGCUCAUCCACUAUGUCAACCAGGACGGGCGAGUGAACGCCCUCUACUCCACGCCAUCGAUGUACGUGGAGGCCAAGCAGCAAGCCAACGAGACGUGGCCCGUCAGGGGCGGCGACAUGUUCCCCUACGAUGACUACGACACGUCCUACUGGACUGGCUACUUCACCAGCCGCCCAUCCUUCAAGUACUUUGCUCGUGCCUGCAGCUCGCUCCUCCUGGCCAGCACAGCAGCAGAAGCGCUAGUCGGCCGCGAGACCCUAUCCCAGUGGGGCGUGCAGGAGGGGCGGAUGACAGCAGCGCGAACCGAGCCGUGCGAGGGCGAGGAGUGCACGGAGGUGGGGUGGAGGAAGGAGGUGGAGGGGGUGGCGUCGACGGCGAGGCUGGAGGACGCAGUGGCGAUCGCGCAGCACCAUGAUGCCAUUAGCGGCACGGCCAAGCAGCAUGUCACGAAUGACUACUCACUGAGGCUGCAUGCUGGUGCUGUGGAGGCCUCUCAAGUGCUCACAUCUGCCCUCGCUUAUCUCAUCACUCAUGGCCUGCACACCGCCAUUCUCUCAUCCACAACCGACCAGCAGCAGCAGGAGCAGCAACAGCAGCAGCAGCAGCAGCAGCAGCAGGAGGAGGAACGGCAGCAGCAGCAGCAGCAGCAGGAGCAACAGCAGCUGCAGCAGGAGCAGCAGCAGCAGCGGGAGGAGGAGGAACAGCAGCAGCAGCAGCAGCAGGAGCAGCAGCAGCAGGAGCAGCAGCAGCUCCACCAGCAGCAGCUGCAGCUGCUGCAGGAGCAGCAGCAACAGCAACAGCAACAGCAACAGCUUGCGUCUGAUUUCAAUCCAUCAGCACUAUCAGCACCAGGCGUGGCCGAAGCAGCAGCAGCAGCAGCAGCAGCAGGCGAGACAGCAGCAAACACCGCACCCUUGCAUGUGCCCGUGCCCAUGCCUUUUCCCUACCGUGUGCCCAAGCCUGGAUUCGAGACUGUGUAUGGUCCCCCCCAGUUGUACCCAGAGCAUCCUGUGCUGGACGCGGAGGGUGGCGCUGACAGCUCACCAAUGGACCUGCUGCUGUCGGCGCAGAGGCUCAAGGCAGGGGAGGAUGCAGCAGGUGCAGAAGAAGCAGCAGCAUGGGCCGCAGCGCGAGGGAUAGGGGGAGGGGGGGGGUUUGGUGAAGGCGCAGGUGGGGCAGCAGGGCCAGGGGAGGCGUGGAGGCGUGCCCCUAUGGAGGUCACGGACGCAGGGGGUGGGGGAGUUGAAGGGGGAGAGGGGGGCGAUGGUAUGGGUAGGGCAAGGCGAGAGCGGCAGGGAAGGCGACUCCUGGGAGGAGGGCCGGGGAGUGAUGAGGGGAUGGGGAUGGUGGGGGGAGGAGAGGGGGAGCAGGGGGGUGUACGGGAGGGAGAGGAGGAUGGGGUGGAUGGGCGAUCCACGGACCAUGGAAGGAGGCGGUAUGGCAGAGGGCUGGAGGGUGCACCCAUGCCCAGGCUUGACUUCUCCCUGUGCCCUCUUUUGAACGUGUCCUAUUGCCCCCCCUCACAGCUGCCCCUUUCGCCGUCCACCACUCUGGUAGUGGUUGCGUACAACCCCCUCGCUUGGACUCGCUCCGAAAUGAUCCGCUUCCCAGUAUCCUCCCCUUUUGUGCUAGUGAAGGACGCCUCCGGCCGCGUGCUGCCGUCACAGGUGGUGCCCGAGCUGCUGGUGCCGCUGCGCUUGCGCUCUAUCUUCAUUUCCGCGCACGCGGGCGACAGCAACAGCGGUGCGCAAAGCGGCGCUGGGCACGUGCUGAGCGUGGUGUUCCAAGGGACGGUGCCCCCGCUGGGCUAUGCGUCCUUCUUCGUCACGCAGGUUCAGGAGGGCACACCCGGCAUGGCGAGCAACAGCAGUGAGUGGUUUGAGCAGGUGCCGUCCCAUGGCAGCCCAGCAGCAGACGGCAACGGCGACGAUGCACACGAGAGCAUCGUCCUUGGAGAGGCAUCCCCUUCAGCGUCAGCUGCACCUGGUGGUGCUGGUGGUGCUGGUGGUGUUGGUGGUGUGGGGGUAGCGGCAGAUGGGGGAGUGGGAGGAGGGGAGGCAUGGGCGCGAGUGAGCUUCUCCCGCAGCAGCUAUGGCUUGGCGAGGAUGGAGCUGAUGAGCGGCGAUGCUGCUGCUGGGACCAGUGCCGUGCAAGCGGAGCUGCAGCUGACGAGCCACCUCAUGGCAUAUGUCAACGGCAUGGGUGGUGCCUAUCUCUUCCGCCCAAUGAAGUCAGCAGAGGGAGUCGACACGAGCAACAGCCAAACCGAAGUGCCAAUCCGCGUGGUGAAGGGGCCGCUGGUGCAUGAGUUCCACCGCCAGGUGGCACCUUCCGUUCGUGAGGUGUUCCGAGUGUACCCGGGGAAAGACUAUGUCGAGCUGCACUACUUGGUGGGGAUGGACGAGCUCGGGGGAGCGGGCAAGGAGUACAUCACUCGCUUUGAGACUGCCCUUCGCACCAACGCCACCUCCUACACUGACUCCAAUGGCCGCGACUACAUGCCACGGGUGCGUAACUACCCUGAUGACGCCAGGCAGCCCGUUGGACAAGAGAUAGCAGGCAACUACUACCCGCUGACCAGCGGCGCGUUCAUUGAAGACCCCAGCGCGCAGCUCUCCCUGCUCGUGGACCGCGCGCUGGGGGCUGCGAGCCUUGCAGAUGGGCACCUGGAGGUCAUGUUGCACCGGAGCAUGCGGUCGGACGACGGCAAGGGCGUGGCGGAGGUGCUGAACGAGCAGAUCUGCCCUGCGGGGAGCACCUGCGAAGCCCUCGCAGUUGUGGGUGCCAUUCGCUUCGCACUGCACCCUGGAAGGAGGAGAGUUCCCACCGCUGCUGCUGCUGCUGCUGCUGCUGCUGAUGCUGAUUCUGCUGCCACUGCUGCUGCCGCAGCUGCUGCUUAUGCUGCUGCUGCUGCCGGUUCUGGUGCUGAUGCUGCUGGUGCUGCUGCCACUGCAUCCCCGCUCACUGCCUCUCCGUCAGGUGGUGCGGUAGAGGAGGAGUGGCAGGGUGGGGCAGAGGGGGCGCAGUGGAGGCGAGAGCAUUCGCAGCGCCUGCUGACGCCGCUGCAGCUGGCCUUCGCAGUGGAGAGCACGGAGCUGCUGGCAGCAGCAGCAGGGCAGCUUCGAUGGCGCUACUCGCUGAGCGGGGAGGGCGGGGAGGGCGACGUGCAGCGGGGAGGGCAGUACGCCUUGCCCGCCAACGUGGCCAUCAUAUCCUUGCAGGAGCUCCAACCAGACUGCCUUCUGCUGCGCCUGGCGCAUCUCUAUGAGGCCAAGGAGCACCCCUCUCUCUCCACCGUGGCCCAAGUGCCUCUCCGACAGCUCUUCACGUCCAGACAGAUCGUCUCACUCACAGAGCUGAGCUUGACGGCCAAUCAGAAGAGAGCCGACAUGCGCCCACCAAUGGCGUGGCAGGAGGAUCCAUCGCCAUCAGCGUCAUUACAGGGUGCACCGGGGGAGGUGCCACCUGAGAGGCCGGUGUAUGGGGGGGAGGUUGAUCCACAGCAGCUGGUGGUGGAGCUGGGGCCCUUCGAGAUCCGCACCUUUGCUAUCACUUUCAAACCGCUCUCUAUGUGAUGUGGCUGGCUGGUGGCUGGUGGCUGGUACUAGUAGAGUACUGCACCACGGCCAACUUCCUUCCCUUCGCUUCCUUGUUUAUUGGCUGCAUGUUGCAUUGCUGCUUUGCCAUGUAAUGUGGUGUUUUUCGUUUUUUCUUUUUCUUUUUUGCCAAAUGGGUUUCUCCACGUGUUGUCAUGUCACUGAUGUGUGCCUCACAGCUUUUGCACUGCAGUACAGUAUGAAACAAAUGUUAGAAUGAGAACUGAAUGAUUGAGUAAGAGAGAGUACAGGUGAAUAUACCUAAGUGUUGUAC